UUACCCAUCUUUGGCAACAAAGCUCAGCUUGUCCACGUUUUGUUUCAAAAUAAAAAAUGGGCAAAAAUGGAAUGCACAACUGAAGUUCCAGCAUUUUAUGUUCAUCCAGUUGUGUAUGAUUGGAUGACUAUGGUCUUUCAAGAAAGGAAAACAAACCAGAAAACCAAACAUUCAUGGUGAUAUGGCAGUCCUAAACACUGCACUCUUCACUCUUGGAAAUGGAUAAAGUUUGACUGUCUUGAGACAUCACAGUACUUUAACUGGAACUGCUGUCCAAUGGAAAGCCCUGUGGACCUGUGUUUUGCUGAAGAAGGAUGUAGCAGCAGCAUUGUUCUUGAAAAACAAGUUUUUAGAUCCAAAGUGCCAGAAUCACAUGUCCAGCUUGCUUGUAGCAUGCAUUAUUGUGCUUUUCCUUUGAAUGGGAAUGAGCUUUGUAUUUUGAAUACUACUGAUGAUCCUGACCGCCAGCCAUUACACUUACUAGGGCAUCACCAUUCAAUUACUGCAUUGGCAUUUGGGAGCAAAGACAAUCCACUCCUCAUUUGCUCCGCUUCACGUGACUACGUAAUAGUGUGGAAUCUGGAUGAAUGCAUGAAGAAGUUUUUACAAGGGGUAAUGCCAGAAGGCAUUGUUAUAGGAACACUUUUGGGAAUGGUGCUUUAUGUUCGAUUUAGUCCAGAUGAUAAGACAGUGGCAGUAUGUGCUGGCAAUCGGAUAUACAUGCUAAAUGCAAAGGAUGAGGCUAUACUUGCUGAAUUGGAGGGCCACCUGGCUCCAGUGACUGCUGCUGAGUUUUGUCCUUGGGAAAAAAAUAGACUUAUAUCAGUUUCUGAAGAUAGAAGUUUUAAGGUAUGGGACUAUUGUACUGGACUGUUAAUAUAUCAGUCAGCAGUAAUAACAGCAUUUCCUCUUCUGAGUCUCUUCAUUGAUGAAGAAAAUAAACAGAUUAUCACUGGAUGUGCAGAUGGACAGCUUUGGAUCUUCAGCUUGAUUAGUGGGCAUCAGUAUCGCUGUGUGGUGCAUAUAAAUAUAAAGAAAGAGAGAGAAAAGUUUUACAACAAAAUAAGGAAAUCCGAACAAUUGGAUGAGAUUCAGAAACCUUCUAAGGCGUAUACUUCAAAUGAUUUAAGGGAAGAAGAAACAGUUGAAACUACCUUUCCAGUUCUCAGAAUUGAACUCUGUGACAGGUCAAUAAAUGUAGGUGAUGAAGAACACAGUUUGCCUACCAUGAAUGCCCGAUGCUUGUGGAUAGGAAGCUCUACUGGUUUAUUCAUAAUUAACAUGGCAAAUUUUGAAUUGGAAGCUGUUUUACAUUACAGAGAUUUCAGUGCCCUCAGCAUUCAGUUUGCUGGAUCAUGUGCUUUAAUGAGGAAGGCAAUCAAUGGCAAGGUGUUCUGUUUGCUAACUUCAAUGUUUGAGAAUAGAAUUGCCUUACUGGAGAUUAAUGUUCCUGCCCUGUUGAGAUCCCAGCAGAGUGAACUCCAUUUAAGUAGAAGUGAGAAAGGCCUUUCUGUAGUUGCCAGGUGCUCUCUUCUGCCAACUUCUCCUUUGUGCCUGAAGAAAGAAAAAAGUCAACUUGUAAGUAAAAAAGGUACAAAAGGCCCAAUAAAAGACCAGCCGCUGGUCUUCCAUAAUAAAAUUAAGUCCUCAGGUUACACAUCAGCGCCACAAAUGACCAUGUUCUCUCCAAAGACCAAUGCAAAGCAAAACAAUCUGGAACUGAAGUGCAAGAGAAGUUGCAAACGACGAAAUAAAGAAGAAUAUCCACAUGUCAAUUUUCCUCCAAACAAAUCUGAGAGACAGAUUAUUGUAGCUGAUAAGCCAACUUCUAUAUGCUGUAUUCAGUAUUCAGGGGAUGGAGAGUUGUUGGCUUGUGGCUUGGCUGACAAAACUUUGCUGGCAUUCAAUUCAAAUCUUACAGGAACACCAACUGUUUAUUCAGGGCAUGAUGGUGCUAUUAACUCAGUUGGUUGGAGCCAUGACAACAACUGGCUUGUUUCAUCUUCUGAAGACAGAACAUUAAGGAUCUGGUCAGUCAGCAGUGCAGAACCUGCUUUAUGUCUGGGAAAGGAAAUGUUUCAUAAAUCCAUUCGAUCAGCACAGUUUUAUUAUAUAGAUACAUUUAUAUUGUUGACUUGUGGAGCAGAGUUUCACAUGUUAAGAUGCUACCUUGAUACCAGCAAGGAUGAGAUGAAACGAUACCGAAAUAAGAGCAUUUGUAAAUCAAUACAGAAAUUCCCCAUGGCAUCUACAGUGGAAAUUACCAGCCUUUCAGCAGUAAAUGAAUUCUAUUCUUAUAUUGUACUGACAGCUGGUAGCAAUCGAGCACUAGAAGUCUUUGACCUCAAUGUGGGUUGUAGUGCAGCAGUGAUAGCGGAUGUUCAUUCUAGAUCAGUUCACCAGAUUUGCCAAAACAAGGGAUCAGCUUUUAGCAGUCAGCAAUAUGAAGCUUACAAUCUUUUCUUAACAACAGCCAUUGGUGAUGGCAUCAAGCUCUGGGAUUUGAGAACACUGAGGUGUGAACGUCAUUACAAAGGUCAUAGUAGCCGCUGUCACCCUUGUGGAAUCGCUGUUUCUCCUUGUGGACAAUUCAUUGCCUGUGGAUCUGAAGAUAAAUGUGCAUAUAUAUAUGAGAUGCAUUCAAGCACUUAUUCCCAUAAGUUGACUGGACACACAGAAUCUGUCAUCAAUGUGGCUUUUAACCCUUCAUCUCCUCAGCCUCAUGGGACAAUGAAAAAUACUUUAUUUUUUCCACUUGAUGUUGCUACUGCCAUUAAUUCUAGAAAACAGUCACAGACAUGUAGUAGUAAGUGUUAUCCUUUUCCUUCCUUUUUUACCAGAAUAUUUGAACUGAAAUGUGAAUUAAUUCAAAAUGUACUCAGAUUCAUUUUCUCAACCCUUUGUAUAACAGCUGCCAAUGUAUGGAGUGAAAAAUACAAAAGAAUUAGAAUUGGCUUUUUAGUAACUUUCAUGAUCCAUGCAAGUGCAAGCCAGUUAAUUGUUCCAAAGACAUAUUUAGGAAUUUGCUUCAUUGUACUGUUUUCUUCUUCUUUUAUAAUUUCUAGCAAUAAAAAAAUUCUUCAGGCUUUUAAAAUUGAUUUUCUAUUAUUUCCAUUUUGAAGGUUCUCAGCUUAUAAAUACUUACAUGGCAAACAGCAGCAACAACAACAGCCCCCAACCAAUCUCCACAUAUAGCAUAACAUUUGGUUCGUUUAUAUGUCAGAAACCACCUAAAUACCAUGGGGAGAUGGAGUGGAGGGCUGCAGGGGAAGCGGAAAUAGGACAAAAUA